UUAUGUAGACCCAUUUCCAUGACCCACCAUGUUUUCAAUUGCUUAGUGGAACAAGAAAAUAGAGGCCACUAGAGAAGUAUGACAAUUUCUGCAUGAAGUAUGGAACCAAUUUAUGAGACAUCUAUGGUGGUUAACCUAACACUCAACUUUGCUUCAUCAAGCACUAUGCAAAUUCAAUCACACAAUUUAAUCCUCUCCCUGUGUAUGUCAUCUGAUCCCUGACACCGAAGCUGAAUCCACUUUAUAUACCAAAUUGGUUUGUUGAAAUUUGUCAACAAGUUAUGAUCCAGGUGAAGGUGAACUACUGCAUCCUUUUGCAACUUUGUUUGAAAAGUUGAGUAGACUAAGCCAUGAUUUAUUGCAUCUUCUGAUUUGUUGAAACUAUGGUGGUUGAAAUCCAAAAGGGUGAUGAUCAAAAGAUUAUCAUGCUUCAAACUAGAAUCAGAAUUGGUCAUGCCACAGCACAUGAAUCAUGUUGCGUAGGUUGUUCCAGUUUAAUCAGUGAUUUUGUGUUCGAAUCUUGGGUAUGCAACGGCCUUAAAUACUUGGAAGGAGAACUUUGUCAUACUGGUGUUACCCGACUUAAACAGGAUUGCUUCUAGUGGUUUUGGAGAAAUGGGUUCUUCUUGCUUUUUCAUGUUAUGUGUUCUGCAUUCUGCAGUAGCUUUGACUAGUGGAGCACUAAUGGUGUUUUAUUCCAAAGAGAUUAGUGUGUCAGCAAACAAACUUCAAGGGUCAACACCCCAUGAUCAGCUACUGAUUCAAACCUCAGAUUCCUUCUCUGGCUUGUUGUUGUUCGUAAUUGGGUUUCUUGUGUUCAUGGUUGCUUGUGUUAAGGACUGGGAGUUCCAGAGUUUCUUUGCCAAAGGAUGUGUGUUUCUUCACAUUUCCAUGGCAGUGUGGAGAUUCUGCUUUGAGAGGAAGCUUGAAGAUCUUGCCCAUGACUGGCCUAGACACGCUGUUGGGGACAUUGCAUUGGCCACUUCCUGGCUCUUCUUUCUUGUGUACAUGUGGAGGGAAAAGUAUGACUAGUUAGUUAGUUGUUGUAAAGUAUAAAUGUUGGGGACUUACAUCCUUUGAAAAAUCUUGGGUUUUGUGUUAUGUUUGCUUGUUGGAUUCGUUCUGUGUAUCUGUAGAGUUUUCGAUGUAAAUUUAUCCAUAUUUGACCCUAAAGUAUAAAUUAAGAGUAAAAAAAUAAAUAAUUUUAGUCAUUUGUUGA